GUGAUUUCACUUGUUUUAUAUAUUUAAAUGAGUAUCGGUCACGUGUGGCAUUGAGAGUGCGUGCUGCUACUUCCAGACAGUGACUAACUUUUAGCACUGUACUUGAUUUCCUGUGUGUGGUUGGUUUCUAAAACGAAUUAUACUGGGGCGGGAGGGGUUCGAUCGUGAACACACGCUUCCACGUGUGUAGGGUAUAAUGAGAACAACACAAUGCCGCGCAUCCUUGAGAGGUCUUGUCGCCGUGACUGAAGGAUCGACGUGGAAAUAGAGGGGAGGGAAGCGAUCAAGACCAGUGAUUAAGAUAUGAUAUUACGCCUAUUUGCAUGUGCAGUUUUUCACCUUGCAUACACCGUGUUUUCUGCGCUGCCUAGACCUUAUAAUGUGAGGAUGGAUGCUGUGAACACUCGAUACAUCAUGAGUUGGGACUGGAAUCACUCCAUGGCCAAUCACAACAUCACGUUCACCACUCAAUACACAUUUUCUCAGACACAGUCGGACGAGAGUUCCUACAAAGGGAUGUGUAUCAGGAUAACUGAGGAGAGGUGUGACUUCUCUAGGGAGCUGGACUUCUACAUUGGGUCAUACACACUGAGAGUGAGGGCCGAGGGCAGGGGUCAGAUGUCAGACUGGUACAGCCUGACGUUCAUUCCUGAUGAACAUGCGGACCUAGGCCCCCCAUCCCAUGUGGCGUUCGAUCCAGGGGACGCCAUGUUAACAGUGAGCUUCAGGGAGCCAAUGACGGAGCAGAACACCACCAUGAGAUCUCUGUUGGACAUGUACUUCAGUCUGCAGUAUUGGGAGAAACACUCACCCAGCAAGAAACAAGAGAACGUUUUUGACACCACAGAGGGAACACUGUUCCCGCUGAAGCCCUGGACAGAGUACUGCCUGCAGGUCAACGCAUUCAGCAAACUGUACAAUAAGACCAGCCCAUACACACAGCAACAGUGUGUGAGGACCCUGGGACAAUCUCCUGUGUGGAAGGUGUUGCUGGCUCUGCUGGGCUGUGUUCUUCUGAUGACGACAGUGCCUGUCUACAGAUGCCACAAAAAGAGAAAAGGUAUUGUCUCAAAGCACACAUUUCCCAGCAGUAUACUGCAGAACACACAGGAUCCAAUAUCCCUUCUCCUCCUGCAUCCGGAAGAGAGCUGUGUGGCCACAUGUGUGGUGGCUGUACAGGUAGAGCAGACAAGCCAGGGUCAACAGCAACAGGUCAAGGGUCAGGGAGAUGUUGAGGCGGAGCAGGACAGUGGCUCCUCCUCCAUCCAGAGAGGACAAGGCAGCUCCAGUCAGGACUCUGGGAUCUACUCAGGAGAAGACAGUGGAAAUAGGAGCGCAGGGUCAACAACAACAAGUCAACCUGAAGAGACUCACUGAUCACUGAGAAGAAGAAAAAAAUGGAUCCCCAUAGCAAACUGCUGUAGAGGGAUUAGUGGAGUUUUGGGGAGCAGCUUGGAUUCACUUUCAAGAGGAGAGCUCUUGAGGAAAUAAUUUUUUUGUAAAAUGACUUUUUAAGACUUUUUUAGACUAGCUAGAAGACCUGAUGCAUUUCUCUAGUUGAGUUUAUUGAGUUGCCUGGGAAUAAUGGCCAAUAAUGCAGGUUAUGGGAUGCAGGUUAUGGAAUGUACUGUAUAUGUUAUCAUUUUUGUUAUUCCCAUGGAAUAGGUGAAGGGAGUAGUACACAGCGUUGUACGAGAUAUUCCGUUUUUUGGCAAUUUGUCGCAUGGAAUAGCCUUCAUUUCUCAGAACAAGAAUAGACUGACAAGUUUCAGAAGAAAGUACUUUAUUUCUGGCCAUUUUGAGCCUGUAAUCGAUCCCACAAAUGCUGAUGCUCCAGAUACUCAACUAGUCUAAAGAAGGCACAUUUUCUUGCUUCUUUAAGCAGGACAACAGUUUUCAGCUGUGCUAACAUAAUUGCAAAAAGGUUUUUUAAUGAUCAAUUAGCAUUUCAAAAUGAUAAACUUGGAUUAGCUAACACAAUGUGCCAUUGGAACACAGGAGUGAUAGUUGCUGAUAAUGGGCCUCUGUACGCCUAUGUAGAUAUUCCAUUCAAAAUCAGCCAUUUCGAUCUACACUAGUGAUUUACAACAAUAAUGUCUACACUGUAUUUCGGAUCAAUUUUAUGUUAUUUUAAUGGACAAAAAAUGAGCUUUUCUUUCAAAAACAAGGGCAUUUCUAAGUGACCCCAAUCUCUUGAACGGUACAAUAAGAAUAUUUUGAAAAUAAAUACACAACGCAGAGGAUGAGAGGAGUAAAAACUAGAGUACUAAUGGUCAAUAGUGAAUUGUAAAUAGGAGUUGGGUUUCAGUUCAACAUAUGUUAGAAUCUGUGGAAUGUCACUCCUGAAGAGUGACGUGUGCUACGUGUGCCAGGUUUCCAUUGGUCUGUACAUUGAGUCGAGAGCACGAUACUUGUUAUUUGGCUAUUGGCCAAGUUGUACUGCAAGGACUCCUGAUUGGGCAACCCCAGGCUAGGGUGGGGGGUUAUAAAUGGCAUAAUUUAUAACCCCGACCAAGCGUUCCUUUGUUCAGUGGGGAAAAGCUGAAGACGGGAGAGUGAACAUCUACCUUCCAGCAUAACAUCUUGAUUUGUCCUUUCUGAAUAAACCUAUUUUUCUCUCCCUGAUUUGCUUUGGAGUUUGUGUUAUUGAAGAAUAACAUAAAUUGCUAACAGUAGUGUACCAAAAAAUCUAUAAUAAAAAAAAAUGAAUGAAUGAAUGAAGAGAUCCCAGUAGAGGGAGACGGGCUCAAUUCCAACAUCCACAUUAGCAUACCACUGGUGCACCACUUGAACAAUUAAAAUGUUUACUGUCACGUGUCCUUGGAUAUCUUGAAAAAUGCUUCAAGUUAUUAUUUAAGUGAUAUGCUACUGUACUGUAAAUAAGAAUCACUUAGGCUCCUUUUUGAAUGCUGGUCAAGAUAUUAAUAAACCACUCAAAUAAAA